AAUGGUCAGACUCCUUUGAUGCUAGCUGCAGAGCAAGGCAAUUUAGAAAUUGUCCAAGAACUGAUAAAAAAAGGCGCCAAUUGUAACCUGGAAGAUUCAGAUAAUUGGACAGCUCUUAUCUCUGCAUCUAAAGAGGGGCAUAUUGCUGUUGUAUCAGAACUCUUAUCAUGCAAUGUGAAUAUAGAACAUCGAGACAUGGGUGGGUGGACAGCCCUUAUGUGGGCAUGCUACAAAGGCUGUACUGAAGUAGCUGAACUGCUUCUUGAAAGAGGAGCAAACCCAAACAUCACGGGUAUUGAUGGUGAAACACCUCUUAUAAAGGCAACCAAAAUGAGAAAUAUUGAAAUAGUUGAGCUUCUGCUGGACAAAGGAGCAAAAGUUUCUGCAGUAGAUAAGUAUGGUACUACAGCAUUAAUCUGGGCAGCAAGAAAAGGACAUCUGGACUGUGUAAAGUAUUUGUUGCAGAUGGGAGCAGAUGUGGAUCAGGAAGGAGCUAAUUCUAUGACUGCACUGAUUGUAGCAGUAAGAGGUGGCUUUACAGAUUCAGUGAAAGAAAUCCUGAAAAGAAACCCAAAUGUGAACUUAACAGAUAAAGAUGGAAAUACAGCUUUGAUGAUUGCCUCAAAGGAGGGACACAUAGAAAUUGUGCAAGAUCUCCUAGAUGCAGGAACAUACGUGAAUAUUCCUGAUCGAAGUGGAGAUACCGUGCUGAUUGGGGCUGUCAGAGGUGGCCAUGUUGAAAUUGUGAGAGCAUUGCUUCAUAAAUACGCUGAUAUAGACAUUAGAGGUCAGGUAAGUAAUUCUCUGUUUAAUGAUAUGCUUCUGAAUGUGGCAUUUGGAGAAUGUAGAAGCAUCCCUUGUAGAGGGACAGUCCCUGGAUCAGGAGCAUCCCAUGUUCCUUUGAGCUCAAUGAGUGUGGAUGCUGUGUGUGAGAAGCUGAAACAAAUAGAAGGACUAGAUCAGACUAUGCUGGCUCAGUAUUCUGCAACUAUAAAGAAGGCUAAUAUAAACGGUCGUGUUUUAGCACAGUGUAAUAUUGAUGAACUAAAACGUGAGAUGAACAUGAAUUUUGGGGACUGGCAUCUCUUCCGGAGCGCGGUACUUGAUAUGAGAAAUGCAGAAAGUCAAAUCGUCCAUGAAGAUUCUCGAACAGUGAAUGAGCAUGCCAACCCAAAUCCUCAUAAUGAUCUCGCUCGGCGUCCAACUCUGAAUAAUGAAUUACCCCAUACGGAACUUACUGGUCUUCCAGGUCAAGCUCCUUAUGGUCUCAAUUUUAGCUUUGAAGAGCUGAACAAUAUUGGCCUAGAGGAAGCCCCUCCACGUCAUAGCAAUCUAAGCUGGCAGUCACAAGCCCACCGGACUCCAAGUCUUUCAAGUCUCAAUUCUCAAGAUUCUAGUAUUGAAAUUUCAAAGCUUACUGAUAAGGUACAAGCAGAAUAUAGAGAUGCAUAUAGAGAAUAUAUUGCUCAAAUGUCCCAGUUAGAAGGAGGUGCAAGUUCUAGUACAGUUAGUGGUAGAUCUUCACCACAUAGUUCAGCAGCAUUUUACAUGGGUCAGAGCACAUCCACAGGUUCUCUUCAUUCCAGUAUGGAACAAGAUAAGGGAAAGGAUGCUGAACAGAAACAAGACGAUGGAAGGAAGUCCUUCUUGAUGAAGCGGAAUGAUGUUGUAGAUUACAGUAGUUCAGUAUCUACCAACGAUGCGUCUCCAUUAGAUCCCAUUACCGAAGAAGAUGAAAAAUCAGAUCAGUCUGGAUCCAAGCUUCUUUCUGGGAAGAAAUCUUCAGAAAGAACUAGCAUUUUCCAAGCUGCAGAUCUGAAGUUGAAAGGGGUAGCGCUACGUUAUCAGAAACUUCCAAGUGAUGAAGAUGAGUCUGGGACAGAAGAAUCUGAUAAUACACCUCUCCUCAAGGAAGGUAAAGACCGGAAAAUAGAAGGAAAAGUAGAGAAACAGUCCAAAUCUCCAGAACAUGGCUCUGAGCCCAUCAGAACCUUGAUCAAAGCAAAGGAGUAUUUGACGGAUGCUCUCCUAGACAAAAAGGAUUCCUCUGAUUCUGGAGUGAGAUCCAACGAAAGCUCUCCAAAUCAUUCUCUCCAUAAUGAUGGAGAUGACUCACAGCUUGAAAAAGCAAAUCUCAUUGAGCUGGAAGAUGAUGGCCGCAGUGGAAAAAGGGGAAUUCCCCAUAGCUUGAGUGGCCUCCAGGAUCCAACAAUCGCCCGUAUGUCAAUUUGUUCAGAAGAUAAGAAAAGCCCUUCAGAUAGCAGCUUAAUAGCAAGCAGUCCGGAAGAGAAUUGGCCGGCCUGUCCAAAAGUCUACAAUUUAAACAGAACGCCUAGCACGGUCACCCUGAAUAAUAACAGUGCACCAGCCAAUAGACCCAAUCAGAAUUUUGAGGAGACCGACGGUAUCAUAGUAGAACCUCCUCAAAUCAUUCUGUGUCCUGGAUCGAGUUCUAACUCAGUGGCAGUUCAGAAUGAUAAUAUUAAAGGCGUGGCCCAUAAGCGUAGUCAGCGUUUAAGUUAUUCGAGGCUUUCAAAAGAUGCUUCUGAGCUUCUGGCCGUUACUGGUUCCGAUACUGCAGGCUUUGGAGAAGAGAGAGAGAGCAUUCUUUGAAAGUAAUCCAAGUUAACCACAUUGCCCCCAUC